GGUCCUGGUCCCGCUGUCAGUGGCAUUGUCAAGUUUCACUUUGCAGGAAUCCUCCGCCCUCGAGCCCAUCAUACGGAAGGAACCUCCUCAUGUGAUCAAUCGAUUGGGAUCAGCCAAUGUUGAAUUGGUACCUUUCAAUACUGGAUGGAAUAGAGCUCAGGUGACUGUCGAUGCUGCGGCAAAUCCAGAAUGGAACAAAAGCCACAGGACACUGGAGGCAAAGCAGACACCUCGAACACAUGGGACAGUUCUGUCCAGGAGCUUCUAUCAGCUCUACCUUUGGAAGACCACCAGCUCCCAAAUCUCAAGUAAUAUGAUGUACCUGACCCUUGUGGUGGUUAUCCUUUCUGGUGUUGCUUUGGGCGUUUGCAUCCCCAUCGUAGUGAACUACUACUAUGAAGAAGUCAACACGCCUCCCUGGCUUCGUGACCUGGUGGAAGAGCUCUCACGGCGGGAUUCGCGCCGCGAGGAGGAGGACAUCUAUGCUCGUAGCCGCCAUGAAAGCCCACAAGUCAGGGCCCGGCGCAGCCGCAGCACGAGCUCCUCGCGGCGCCGCCGGAGGCGUCGGGAAGAGCUGGCGCAGGCCAUGCCACAUGGGGAGAUCUUAGAGACCUCUGCGGGGGAAGCCGACGUCUCAACCUGUGAUGAUGCCGAGAACAAGGCAAAACUCUCUUUUGUGAAGUUGCCCAAAGUGCCCGUCGAGCACAGCGAGACGUUGAGUAAGCAGAUCUCCUCCGACGAGGCCGGCGACUCGCCGAGCACGGAGGAGCGCUUGCGGGUGCUGCGCCGCGAGUGGGUGCAGGCGGUGGGCACCGCGGCACGAGGAGCUGCAGAGAAGCGGGCUUCGGAAGAGAGCACCACUGCAGCGGAGGAUUCCGCCUCGUCGUUCUCGAGUUCUUUGAAGCCGCGACGGGGGCGCUCACCAGAGGAGGUCAAAGAGCAGGGUUCUUCAAAGCGAGCUGUCUCGUUCGACAGCAAAGUUGAGGUGAAGAAUCUAGAGGCGGAGACUCCAACGACUCGUUCUCCCAAGCUGUCACGCAAAGACUCCUCGAGCUCCCCCAAGAAGGAUCAAGGUCGGCGUGGCCAGUUCAGGAGCCGAUCUCCAAAGGUGUGA